GAAAGGUUUAUAUUAGUUUAUUUAAAAAAAAAAAGUGGAAGUGAGCUCUUGUCUAUCAAAAUGAUUAUUUUUUCUAGUUGUUUGAUUUUGCCCUCAUUGUUUAUGUUUGUAACUGGGGGGAAACUGCCAGAGCCAGAAGUGAAGAUUGAAGUUUUGCAUAAACCCUUCAUGUGUUACCGUCAGUCAAAGUAUGGAGAUAUGCUUCUUGUCCAUCACGAGGGAUUCUUGGAAAGUAAUGGCACGCUGUUUUAUUCCAGCCGCGAACAUGGGGAUAAAAAUCCAGUAUGGUUCACUCUUGGGCUUCGAGAGGUGCUCAAGGGUUGGGAUAAGGGUCUGAAGGACAUGUGCACAGGAGAGCGCAGAAAGCUGACCGUUCCUCCAUCUCUUGCAUAUGGCAAGGAAGGAAAAGGCAAGAUCCCUCCGAGCAGCACUCUUGUUUUUGACAUUGAGCUCAUGGAGAUCCGAAAUGGUCCCAGGUCGCACGAGUCUUUCCGGGAGAUGGAUCUCAAUGAUGACUGGAAGCUCUGCAGAGAGGAGGUAAGAAAGUACCUGAAGAAAGAAUUUGAGAAACAUGGAUACUCCCCUAAUGACACACAUCAUGAAGAGAUGGUGGAGGACAUCUUCAAAAAUGAGGAUGAAGAUAAAGAUGGUUUUAUAUCUGCGAGGGAAUUCACCUACCAACACGAUGAGCUCUAAAGGACUGAUUUCAACUUUUUUAAACUAGGACUGUUUUUUUAAUGACCUGAAUUGUGAAUUAGUUACUGGGCUUGCACUGAUACUGUUACCACAAAAUAAGUAUUAGAUAUUUAUUUUAAAUAUUUACUUUACUUGAACCUGUGUUCUGUAAGCAGUCAGCCUUGGUGAGGCAGUCCAUGGAUGUUACGCUGAGUGGUGGUAGUUUUUCUCUGUGUUUGUCUUCAUUAUUCACUAGAGGGCACUCUUGUCCUAGACUUUUGUAUCAUUUACACAUUUCAAAACAGCAACAUUAAACUGUCAAGGGUCCUUCUCUUUGAGUUUCUAGAUUUUUGAUUCUGGCAGAUCAAAAUGAGACUACAGUCACAUUUGUAAUUGCAUGCCAUCACGAGUGAAUCACAGAAAAGUAUGCAGUAGGUUUCAAUCACUUGCUAUGAUGCAUAUUCCAAAUGAUGGAUAACUAUUAAAUUCAUUUUCACAUUUUUCAUAUACAACUGUAGUUAGCCUAAAACAAUCAUGAAAAUCCCUCAGUAGCAUCCAAAAUGUACAUUUUGAAGGGAAUAACAUCUAAACUAAAACAGUAUUAAAUACGCAAUGGCCUCAUUGAACCCUGAGUAGUAAACACAUUUUUUAGAGUUAAUAUUUAAGUUAUUUGAGAACAGUUUUUAGAGGAGCAGAAAAUGAAUGGCAAACGCAUAGCUCUGUCAAAGCUUACUUUUGGUGGGAUGAUUGAUUACAAAAAUAAAAAUGUAAAAAUAAAAUGUGACUAUGAUU